ACAAAAUAAACAUUUCAAGAGUCCUGACCUCAUUUAUAUACAGUCUCUGGUCCUGACAAAACUCAUCAGUGUGACAGAAGAGAGACGAUAUUUCAAAAAGAUGACACUCGCUUCAGUCUGCGGACUUCUCUUGCUGUGUGUCCACUUCUACUUUGUGGAUGCAGACAAUAUUUUUGAUGGCUCUUCGUCCCAUUUCGUACAGCGUCGGGACACCAACAUCAAGAGGAAUUAUACUGAUGGCAUUGGAACAGUGUUCACGGUCUCCCCGACCUGGUACCUCAAUGUGGGCGACACCGUAGUCAUCAACUGCACCACGCACAAUGAAAUAGGGAACUACAGCGACAAGAUGGACCUGCAGCUGACCUGGACCAAGAUGAGCCUUGGAGAGAGGACCAAGAAGGUCCUGGUGAGCCAGCGAGCCUUCAAAAAAAUCUCCUAUGUGCUUGGUCCUGUUACCCAUGAGCACCAGGGUGUCUACACCUGCAACGGCGACGGCAGCUUUCCGAAUGUUUAUGUUCAUGACUGGCACCAAAUGAUCUGGGUGGCUGAUGCUUCUCCGAGAGCCUCCAUAGAUGUGAUCAGCCAUAACCGGAGCCAGUUCUUCUACAAUGAGACGUUCACUGUGAGCUGCCAGUUGCCCGACGACAACACCCAAUGGAAGAUGAUGAGACAUAUCAACUGGUUAGGAGAUCUCACGGAGUGUCCCAACCAAGUGUCUUCCGGACGCCGCCUGUCCUGUACCGUACGCUCCGGUCACCCCUGGUCGGAUCAGUUGUUCUGGUGUGAGAAUCCAGCAGGAGAGAGGAGCAACGUCCUCAACGUCUCCACCACUGUAGUGAUGAUAGCUCUGGACAUUCCCCGACUUCCUGUGUUGGAGGGCGAGGACGUGACGCUGCGCUGUGUACGCAGAAACAGAACCACCGGGGAAAUCAGCUACAACUUCGAGGCCUUCUUUUACAAGAACGGCCGUGCGACCUGGCACGACGAUAAUGGCCUCAUAACUCUGAAAGCAGUGACCAAGGCUGACGAGGGACUCUACGAAUGUAAAAAUACAGCGGGGGAAGAUUCUCCUGACAGCUGGCUCACUGUUAAAGCUCGGCCAGAGGCAGACCAGAAGGAGAAGAAAGACGAUGUCAUCAAGACGGCGUAGAUGUUCCCUGGCUCCGCCUCCAGGCCUAGUCCUGCUCUCUGAUUGGUUGAAUUAACCCAACUGUCUCUCACAACAGUAAACAUCAGAGGCUUCAAGGCUCUCGGAUCUUUCUGUGUCUAAAUCAGAUCUGCUGCACACUCUGAUGUGUUUCUGAUUGAUAAAUCUGAAUAUUAAACUAAAAACUUAAUGUUGUAUCUUCGUUUUUCUGUCUUUCACCUUAUUGUUCAGUUCACCUUAUAACAUAUCUUCAUUUCA